CGUCGCGAGAGGCGCGCGCGCGCACACACUCACGCAACACACGCACACACAACCCAACGCACACGCAAACACACGAACGGCGGCUACGAUGACCGCUGCGUGCGGGGAUGGACGCUAGACCGGAGGAUCCCCGGUAAGGCUCGCGGGACACGGCCGGCUUGUGAUCCGGCGGACGGCGCCGGCGGGCGGACGCGGACGGCGCCGGCGGGCGGCAUGUGCGCACGUAUCGAAUAAUCGAAGACUGCCAGCAGAGUGGUGACACCAUGGCAGAUAGAAGACAACUCUUUGUUGAAAUGAGGGCUCAAGAGUUGGACUCCAUAAGACUUUCAACAUACAGAACAGCUUGCAAACUCAGAUUUGUGCAGAAGAAAUGCAACUUACAUUUGGUUGACAUUUGGAAUGUCAUCGAGGCUUUCCGUGAGAACGGCCUCAACGCCAUGGACCUCAGCACUGAGUUCACUGUGGCCCGCCUGGAGGCGAUACUCUCCACCAUCUUCUACCAGCUGAACAAGCGCAUGCCCACCACUCACCAGAUCAACGUGGAGCACUCCAUCAGCCUGCUGCUCAACUUCCUGCUGGCAGCCUAUGACCCGGAAGGCCACGGAAAGAUGUCGGUCUUUGUUGUGAAGACGGCGCUUGCGAGCCUGUGCGGAGGGAAAAUAUUGGACAAAUUAAGAUAUAUUUUUUCACAGAUAUCAGAUUCGGCUGGAAUGAUGGUGUACUCGCAGUUUGACCAGUUUCUGAGGGAAGUUCUCAAACUGCCCAUGGCUGUCUUUGAGGGACCUUCAUUUGGCUACAGUGAUCAAGCUGCACGAGCCUGCUUUACCCAACAGAAGAAGGUGUCCCUCAACACAUUCCUGGACACACUGAUGUCAGACCCUCCUCCUCAGUGUCUGGUUUGGUUACCACUGAUGCAUCGGCUCGCCAAUGUGGAAAACGUCUUUCACCCGGUCGAGUGCUCUCACUGCCGUACUGAGAGUAUGAUGGGCUUCCGCUACCGCUGCCAGCAAUGUCAUAAUUACCAGCUCUGUCAGGACUGCUUCUGGAGGGGGCAUGCCAGUGGUUGCCAUAGUAACCAGCACCAAAUGAAGGAGUAUACGUCAUGGAAAUCCCCUGCUAAGAAGUUAUCCCAUGCACUCAGCAAGUCACUGAGCUGUGCAUCCAGCAGAGAGCCUCUUCACCCCAUGCUUUGUGAAAUGCCGGAGAAACCUCUCAACCUAGCCCAUAUUGUGCCGCCUAGACCGGUGAACAUGACCAGUGAAUACGCCCUCUCCCACUCCAUGCCUACGUCAGGGAACCCGUACUCCACCAAAAAGGCGGCUCCAGAUCUGUUGAAAGGCAGGGGGUUACACUACAACCUCGAUGUUGCUGACAGACUCGCUGAUGAACAUGUUCUCAUUGGUCUCUAUGUGAACCUGCUCCAAAACAACCCCAAAUCAUGUUUGCUGGAGAGCAGUAACCACCAAGAUGAAGAGCACAGCCUCAUUGCCCGCUAUGCCGCCAGACUGGCUGCUGACGUUGCGAUGCAGCGGGUCCCCACAGACCUCUGUUGCUCCAUGGACGCCAACAAACAGCAGAGGCAGCUCAUCGCUGAGCUGGAGAACAAAAACAGAGAAAUCCUGCAGGAGAUCCAACGGCUGCGGCUUCAGCACGAGCAGGCCUCCCAGCCACCGCCUGACAAGGGCCCGCAGAACCCCACGCUGCUCGCAGAACUGCGGCUUCUCAGGCAACGCAAAGACGAACUCGAACAAAGAAUGUCUUCCCUGCAGGAGAGUCGCAGGGAGCUCAUGGUGCAGCUGGAGCAGCUCAUGAUGCUCCUGAAGACUCAGGGCCCUGGCUCGCCGCGCUCCUCCCCAAGCCACACGGUUAGCCGGCCCAUCCCCACACCGGUCCACUCCGAAUCUGCUGGAACAACUCCUACCCACACGCCUCAGGACUCGCUCACGGGGGUUGGAGGGGACGUGCAGGAGGCCUUCGCUCAGGGGCCAAGGCGAAAUUUGAGAAACGACCUGCUCGUCGCCGCUGACUCCAUCACCAACACAAUGUCGUCGCUGGUUAAGGAACUAAAUUCGGAGGGUGGAAGUGAGACAGAGAGCAUUGUGGAUUCAGACUUUGGACGUGGCGACUUAUCUGUUGCCUCCUCCUCAGAUUUCUUCUUGACACAACUCACCACCAAGCCCAGGGCCGCCAGCGCUGCCGAGGAAGAGAGCUAUGAGAGUGAUCUGGAGCGGCAGCUGGAGGAGGAACACAAGAUGGAGGAGCUGAUGAAGGCCAGACAGGAGCCAGAGAAAGCCUGCAUGGUGACUUUACAGCAGUGACGGCGUUCAAGUCCAUAUUCCUGUUUGAGACCCGCCAGUCUUUUGACAGGUGAGCAAUACGAAACCCCAACAGUAGCGACGACACUGAAGGAAAACGACACUGGGCAGAUGGCGAGGACGGUGGCGAAGACGCGGAGAAUCGGAAGCCGAAGACACCGUUACGUCCAAACCAUAAGAAUACCUUUAUGUAUAGAUAUAUUUUUUAACCAGCCGCAUAUUAAAGAGAAUACUGUGAACCGAUAAGGAGCUGAGCUGUCAGUUAUACCACAGGUGCCAUAAAAACCAGAUGACUCUCGCGAGGUGUUUGUUGAUUUUUAAUCCUCGUUUUGUAUGAUUUGACUUGCGGUCGGGCAAGUACACACGGUACUGUAGUUGAGGACGGGCACGUCUGUUUCUUUCGAGCUUAAGUUCUCACAUGUCUGGAGCGGUAAGCCGGGUCUCGGCGUGUUUGCGGUCCGAGGCCUGGCGUGCUCCUGAGACAGUAGACGACAAGAGUAAUAGAUUAAAAUAAAAUCACGUAAUAUGUACGUUGCUCAUACUUCUGGCCCGGCGUCAGCGGCCAGAGGUUCACGUUAGUCGGUGGAUUUCCUGCUGUUUGCGUCGAGUGGCUUUCGUGUUGUUGUUUUGCCCCUCAAGUCUGUCCUGUGAGGCGACAGACGGGGAUUUGUCAGGCUCUCGGGUUUUAUUUGAUACUCACGUUGUGCACGCCGCCCUUGCCGAGCAGAUGAACUCUCGACGGGGCUCAUCCCAAAUGUGGAAGCGGCUCGUAGCUCGCAGCAACACUUUGCACCUGUUUGGCAGAGACGCUGGCUCGAUUCCCUGGAUGAGCACGAGGCCGUACUGAAUGUGAGGGGGGGGGGGGGGACGGUGAUGUGUUCCUCCGAGGGCCUCAGCCUGCUGAUACUUAUCCCCUCUGCUAACUAAGUGUUAAGGUUACACUUUAGUACGGCGUCCGGGUAGCGUAGCGGUCUAUUCCGUCGCCUACCAACAAGGGGAUCGGUGGUUCGAAUCCCCGUGUUACCUCCGGCUUGGUCGGGCGUCCCUACAGACACAAUUGGCCGUGUCUGCGGAUGGGAAGCCGGAUGUGGGUAUGCGUCUGGUCGCUGCACUAGCGCCUCCUCUGGUCGGUCGGGGGGGCCUGUUUGGGGUGGGGGGUAAUAGCGUGAUCUCCCACGCGCUACGUCCCCCUGGCGAAACUCCUCGCUGUCAGAUGAAAAGAAGCGGCUGGUGACUCCACAUGUAUCGGAGGAGGCACGUGGUAGUCUGCAGCCCUCCCCGGAUUGGCAGAGGGGGUGGAGCAGCGACCAGGAUGGCUCGGAAGAGUGAGGUGAUUGGCCGGAUACAAUUGGGGAGAAAGAGAGGGGGGAAAUCCACCAAAAAAAAAAGUGACACUUUAGUUUGAAUUACCUCCAAUAGCUGGAAGUGUUGUGAUGGAGGAUGAGAUGAGACACAAUGGAUAAAGUGGAGGACACGUCCAUCCAUCCAUCCAUCCAUCCAUCCAUCCAUUAUCCAAGCUGCUUAUCCCAAUCGGGGUGGCGGGGAUGCUGGAGCCUAUCCCAGCAGUCACUGGGCGGCAGGCGGGGAGACACCCUGGAUAGGCCGCCGUCCAUCACAGGGCCCUAAUAAUAAUAAUAGGAUACGCGAGGACUCCAAAUUGCCCAGAUUAAAGGGUUGACACUGGCAAGGACGCUGAACAAAGCGUGUUUACUGCGGUCUCUGAGAUUGUUAGAUCUAUCGCUUUCUCGUUUGUAUUUAUGUUUUGAUCUCCUGACCAAAACGUCAGCAUGUCUGGGUUUCUUUCCCGCCCUCCAUCCUAAGCUCUCUCAAAAUCGCACACCCAAGAUACAUGUGCAUUCUGGAUGUACUCCGAGUGUGUGUAUAAUUUUUUCCCGGUCACUUUAGGACGAGUGACAAGCCAAUCUAAAAUCAUAAAUGUGUGAAAUAUAUCUAGUUUGAUUUUUGGGCUAGUUCAUACCAGUGGUUUUGCAUGGUGAUGAUGCAUAAUAAAGUGUUGACAUAA